AUGAAGGCAAAGUUUGAAAAGAGCAUGAUGGGAGAACUCACGUUCUUCUUACGGUUAGAAGUGAAGCAAAAGGAGGAUGGCAUUCUUAUUCACCAGGCUAAGUACAUUCGGGAUAUUCUCGCAAAGUACAACAUGAACGACUGCAAAGUUGCAAGCACCUCAUUCGCCUCACAGACGGAGAUUACUCUAGAUCCUCAAGGAAAACCAGUGAAUAAGUCCUUCUACCACUCCAUGAUAGGCUCUCUGAUGUACUUAACUGCAAGUAGGCCUGACAUUAUGUGGGCAGUCUGUCUCUGUGCUCAUUUUCAGACAAAUCCCAAAGAAUCACAUGAAACCGCUGUGAAGUGCAUCUUCCGCUAUCUUAAAGGAACUCCGAAACUAGGUCUUUGGUAUCCUGAAGAUAGUUGUAAAGUGGAUCGCAGGUCUGUAUCAGGAGGAUGUCAAUUCUUGGGAAAUCGUCUAAUCUCUUGGCAAAGCAAGAAGCAGACAACUGUGUCCACCUCCACUGCUCAAGCUGAGUACACUGCGGCCUAG